CCGAGAUGUGGGCGGAUUUGCUCUGACGUUGCCCACAUUUGGGAUUAACUUGUUUUUUUUUAUGUUGCCAUAUCCCUCGUAUUUUUUAUUUUUUUUAACGGAGGCCUGAUGAGCUGGUGAUACUGAAAAAUAUCACUUUGCUUCAGUAGGCCCUUGGUUUUAGCCUUCUCUGUGCGUUGGGUUUUGGAAAUGGGACGGGGAUGUCCUGCGGCGCCGAUUGAGAGCCUGACUGAGGAGCAGCAGACGUCGCACUGACUGAGCCUAUUGCGCCGAUGUUCCCUUACGCUGAUAAUAAUUAUUAUUAUAAUAAUAAUGGGGGCAGACGGAAGUAAAAACAGGAAGAGGGCCUCAGGAGGGGCUGAGGACGAGCCCAUCCCAUCUGGAUGGCGGGGCCUCCUCUCCAGCAUGAGCCUGUCUAUCCCAGAAGGCCUCUGCCGCCUGGCCCCACCCGCCCUCCGUCUGGGCCAGCGUCGGAUGCUCCAAGGAAAAGCCCCUGAGGUGCCAGAGCACGUCCUCAGGUUGGCGGGAGUCGGCCCAGGCAGGCUGAGAGGAGAAUGGAGCCUUCCAGGCUUCGUUACCAUGUUUCUGCCUGAAUUCCCCCACAGAGCUGUGCCAGGGCACGAACACUUUCAGGUGAUGGGGUACAUUGCCAAAGGUUCAUUUGGACCCAUUCUGAAAGUGAGGGACAAGUCCAAACAGAAAACAUAUGCUGUUAAAGUUAUACCUAAAGCGGAGAUUUUAAGGCUGGCGGUUUUGGAGCAGUCAAAAGAGGAAGUUAUAGUUCAGCGUCAGGUUCGCCACCCAUUUGUCCUCGACCUCCAGGACUGCUGGCAGACUCAGCGCCACCUUUACAUUAUGUGCGACUACUGCAGCACAGGGGACCUCUACACCUACUGGCAGAUGAUCGGUCAGUUCUCAGAGGAAACCGUGCGAAUAUUUGCAGCAGAGCUGGGAUGUGCACUCGGGUUUUUGCAUGACUUUGGGAUCAUCCACAGGGAUGUGAAGAUGGAAAACAUCUUGUUGACAGACAACGGCCACCUCCGCUUGGCUGAUUUUGGUUUGUCCCGCCGCCUGGAGAGAGGAGGCCGAACCUUCACAAUCUGUGGAACCAUCCAAUACAUGGCUCCAGAGGUGCUCAGUGGUGGACCUUACAACCACGCAGCUGAUUGGUGGUCACUGGGAAUUCUGCUGUUCUCAUUGGCCACUGGGAAGUUCCCUGUUCCUCCAGAACCAGAUCAUUGCAGCAUGCUGAGGAAAGUGAGGAGUUUUCCCUAUGAAAUGCCCCUGAGCCUGAGUUCACCGCUCUCCAUGUUAAUCACAGAGCUUUUGUGCAAAAAUCCACUACGACGCCUGAGGACCUUGGACCGUUUCAAGCGUCAAACGUUCUUCUUUGGGACAUCUUUUGACCUCCACCUCCUUCAGCGUCGGCCUGUGCAGGUGAUCUUGGAGCUGAGAGAGAGACCAGACCGUGCUGCCAAAGCUCGACGGGGCCUCACUUUGACCCUGCUCCCUCUGAAGGGCUUUGACUUUGAUUCUCUGCUCAGCCCUGCCGCCACGCCGGACACACAUCUGGACGGAGACAUACGCACACGCGCAGCUGUGCCGCUGCCUGGCCCCUCGCUGCAGCCCACUCAGGAAAAGGUUCCACGCAGGGAAGUGUUUGUAUAAGAGAUUAUAAGUCUGGCUGCAGUGUGGAAGGGAAAGGCCUUCAUUUUGUGCAAAAACACCAUUUGAUUUUUUUUUUUUACUCAAAUAUUAGAAGAGUAAAAGUGAAGGAUUUAAAUACAUAAACCCCCAUAUUUACAGUGCCUUGCAGAAGUAUCCAUCAUUCCGACAUUGUAGCCACAAACUUCAGAGUGUUUUAUAGGAAAUUUGUGAGAUAGACCAACUUUUAAGUAUUGCAUAAUUGUAACGUGGAAGCACAAAUACAAAAUAAAUAUAAAUUAUAAAUAAAAUGUUAGAAAACUGUAGAAACAAUCACAAAGAAACAAAUCACACCAAAUAAAACAUGUUUCCAGAUAUUGUUUUUAUAUAAAUCCACUGACAAUGUUACUGUAUCUUUGUCACCUUCAAUUGUCUUAGCAGCUUCAACAGAUAGAAACUAAGAUCAGAACAACAAUUGAAUCCUCAUUUUAACAUAAACUGGUAUCCAUGUGUACACCGUGUGAAUUUUGUGUAUACUACAGAAAAAAAUGAAGAAUUAUCCUUCUACUUUACAGUUAAGCUUUAUUUUGUGCUGCUUUGUCUCAAUCCUACUCAUAAAUUAAUAUUUAUGGAUAUAACAUGAUGUAAUGUGACUACUU